CCGUGGGAAGAUGGCGGACGGAAAGGGAGACGCCGCCGCCGCCGGGGCCGGGGCCGGGGCUGAGGCUUCGGCAGCAGCCGGAGCUGGAGACGGAGCCGAGACUGAGCUCAUGGCUCGGGGUCAUCGCCCCGCAUCUCCGGCGCCGGGAGCCCCGGGACUGCGUCCGUGUCUAUGGCAGCUGGAGACGGAGCUGAGGGAGCAGGAGGUUUCGGAGGUCUCAUCUUUGAACUACUGCCGUAGCUUCUGCCAGACCUUAUUGCAAUAUGCAAGCAACAAGAAUGCAUCAGAACAUAUUGCGUAUCUUCUGGAGGUAUAUCGUCUUGCCAUCCAAAGCUUUGCCAGUGCACGGCCGUAUUUAACUACUGAAUGUGAAGAUGUCCUGUUAGUGCUUGGCAGAUUAGUACUGAGUUGUUUUGAAUUGCUGCUUCCAGUGUCUGAAAGUGAACUGCCAUGUGAAGUCUGGGUACCUUUCCUUCAGAGUCUACAGGAGUCACAUGAUGCAUUAUUGGAAUUUGGGAAUAAUAACCUACAAAUAUUGGUUCAUGUUACCAAGGAAGGGAUGUGGAAAAACCCAAUUCUUCUUAAAAUUCUGUCUCAACAGCCAGUAGAAACAGAAGAAGUCAAUAAGUUGAUUGCACAAGAAGGACCUUCCUUUCUGCAAAUGCGAAUAAAACAUCUGUUGAAAUCCAACUGCAUACCCCAGGCUACUGCUUUAUCAAAACUAUGUGCAGAAUCUAAAGAAAUUCCGAAUGUGUCAUCUUUUCAGCAAGCCUAUAUCACAUGUUUAUGUUCCAUGCUUCCUAACGAAGAUGCUAUUAAGGAGAUUGCAAAGGUCGACUGCAAGGAAAUACUAGACAUCAUAUGUAAUCUGGAAUCUGAGGGUCAGGAUAACACAGCAUUUGUUCUUUGUACGACUUACUUUACCCAGCAGCUUCAAACUGCAAGUGUAUAUUGUUCUUGGGAACUGACUCUCUUUUGGAGUAAACUGCAAAGAAGAAUCGACCCUUCUUUAGACACUUUUUUGGAGCGCUGUCGUCAGUUUGGUGUCAUAGCCAAAACACAGCAGCAUUUAUUUUGCCUGAUUAGGGUUAUACAAACUGAAGCACAAGAUGCUGGUCUCAGGGUGUCAAUUUUACUGUGUGUCAGAGCUCUUCAACUCAGAUCAAGUGAGGAUGAGGAAAUGAAGGCAUCAGUUUGUAAAACAAUUGCUUGUCUUUUACCAGAAGAUUUAGAAGUUAGACGAGCCUGUCAGCUUACAGAAUUCUUAAUUGAACCCAGUUUGGAUGGAUUUAAUAUGUUAGAAGAACUAUAUGUGCAACCAGAUCAAAAAUUUGAUGAAGAAAAUGCACCAGUUCCGAAUUCUCUCCGAUGUGAGCUUUUACUAGCUUUAAAAGCCCACUGGCCUUUUGAUCCUGAAUUCUGGGACUGGAAAACUUUAAAGCGACACUGCCACCAACUCCUAGGACAAGAAGCCUCAGAUUCUGAUGACGAUCUAAGUGGCUAUGAAAUGUCUAUUAAUGACACAGAUGUUUUAGAGUCAUUUCUCAGUGACUAUGAGGAGAGUAAAGAUGAUAAACAAUAUAGAAGAAAUUUGACAGAUCAGCAUAAGGAGAAAAGAGACAAAAAACCCAUUGGUUCUUCUGAAAGAUACCAGAGGUGGCUUCAGUAUAAAUUCUUCUGUUUGUUAUGUAAGCGAGAAUGUAUAGAGGCCCGGAUUCUUCAUCAUUCUAAGAUGCAUAUGGAAGAUGGAAUUUACACCUGUCCAGUUUGUGUUAAAAAAUUCAAGAGAAAAGAAAUAUUUGUUCCUCAUGUGAUGGAACAUGUUAAAAUGCCACCAAGCAGAAGGGACCGCUCCAGAAAGAAAUUACUAUUGAAAGGCUCUCAAAAGGGUAUUUGUCCCAAGAGCCCCUCUGGAACCCUGGAGCAGAAUCAGUUGUUGAAUGAACAAGCCAAAGGAGAGUCUCAUGAAUAUGUCACAUUCAGCAAAUUAGAAGAUUGCCACCUGCAAGACAGAGAUUUGUACCCAUGUCCUGGCACAGACUGUUCCCGUGUGUUCAAGCAGUUUAAAUAUUUAAGCGUGCAUCUUAAAGCUGAACACCAAAAUAACGAUGAAAAUGCCAAGCAUUACUUGGAUAUGAAAAACAGAAGAGAGAAGUGUACUUACUGUCGACGGCAUUUCAUGUCUGCUUUCCACCUGCGGGAGCAUGAACAAGUGCAUUGUGGUCCUCAGCCUUAUAUGUGUGUAUCUAUAGAUUGCUAUGCCAGGUUUGGAUCAGUGAAUGAACUACUUAACCAUAAACAAAAACAUGAUGAUCUGCGUUAUAAAUGUGAAUUAAAUGGUUGUAAUAUUGUUUUUAGUGAUUUGGGACAACUGUACCACCAUGAAGCACAACACUUUAGGGAUGCGUCUUACACGUGCAACUUUGUUGGUUGUAAAAAGUUCUAUUAUUCCAAAAUUGAGUACCAGAAUCACCUCUCAAUGCAUAAUGUUGAAAGCUCUAAUGGAGACACGAAGAAAUCAAUAAACCCUGAGGAGCCUGCAACAGGUGAAAAGCAAGAUUGUAUUGAUCAACCCCACCUGCUUAACCAAACUGAUAAAUCGCAUUUACCUGAGGAUCUUCUUUUCUGUGCAGGAUCAGCUACUUCUCAGAUAGAUACAGAAACUGCAGAAAAUCUGAAAGAAAACAGUGACAGUAAUUCUAGUGAUCAGUUAAGUCAGAGCUCUUCAGCUUCAGUGAAUGAAGAGCUAAUUGACACACUGGAUCAUUCUGAAAGCAUGCAGGAUAUAUUAUUGUCCCAUGAAAAAGUCUUUGUGCCCUCCAGUUUAAAAGAAAAGUGUUCCAAUGUGGCAAUUUGUUUUGAUGGGAAUAAGUUUACCUGUGGUUUUGAUGGCUGUGGUUCCACAUACAAAAAUGCAAGAGGGAUGCAGAAGCAUCUACGAAAGGUUCACCCAUACCAUUUCAAACCCAAGAUGAUAAAGACAAAAGAUCUCUUUCCCUGUUUGGGUAAUGAACAUAACCAAACAACUGAGAAGUUUGAUGCAGAACAUAAACCCAGUUCAGAUACAAGCAGUGACUCCCCAGAUGAAGGCCUCGAUCAUAAUAACAUUCAUACUAAAUGUAAAAGAGAACAUCAAGGUUAUUCCUCCGAAGCCUCCAUUUGUGCUUCUAAAAGACCGUGUACAGAGGAUACCAUGUUGGAACUUCUAUUACGCUUGAAACAUUUAAGCUUAAAAAACUCAAUAACACAUGGAUCUUUCUCAGGGUCGUGGCAGGGGUACCCAUCCAGUGGUGCUAAGUCCCUUCAGUCUGUUUCAUCUAUCUCAGACCUUAAUUUCCAGAAUCAAAAUGAAAAUGUGCCAAGUCAGUACCUUGCACAGUUGGCAGCUAAGCCUUUUUUCUGUGAGCUUCAAGGAUGCAAAUAUGAAUUUGUGACCAGAGAGGCUUUGUUAACACAUUAUCUUAAGAAGCAUAAUUACUCAAAAGAAAAAGUCCUUCAAUUAACUAUGUUUCAACAUCGAUAUUCCCCAUUCCAGUGUCAUAUUUGCCAAAGGUCAUUUACAAGAAAAACGCACCUUAGGAUUCAUUAUAAAAAUAAACACCAAAUUGGCAGUGACAGAAUAACUCACAAACUCUUGGAUAGUGAAAAAUGUGAUCAUGAAGGCCCAUGCUCAGUAGACAGGUUGAAAGGAGAUUGUUCUGCAGACCUUGGAGGUGAUCCCAACAGCAACCCUGAGAAGCCACACUGCCAUUCUAAAAAAGAUGAAUGCAGUUCAGAAACAGACUUAGAGUCAUCUUGUGAAGAAACGGAAAGUAAAACAUCUGAUAUUUCAUCACCAGUAGGUAGCCAUAGAGAAGAACGAGAAGGAAGAGAGGGGAGAGGAAGCAGGAGAACUGUUGCUAAAGGAAAUCUGUGCUACAUUUUAAAUAAAUACCACAAACCAUUCCACUGUAUUCAUAAAACUUGCAAUUCCUCAUUUACCAAUCUAAAAGGCUUGAUUCGCCAUUAUAGAACUGUACAUCAGUACAACAAAGAACAAUUAUGUUUAGAGAAAGACAAAGCAAGAACCAAAAGGGAACUCGUGAAAUGUAAAAAGAUAUUUGCUUGCAAAUAUAAGGAAUGUAAUAAACGCUUCCUGUGUUCCAAAGCUCUUGCUAAGCACUGUAGUGACUCUCAUAACCUAGACCAUAUUGAAGAGCCUAAGGUGCUUUCUGAAGCUGAAUCUGCAGCAAGAUUUUCCUGUAACCAGCCUCAGUGCCCAGCUGUUUUUUAUACAUUCAGUAAGUUGAAGCACCACUUGAUGGAACAACAUAAUAUUGAAGGAGAAAUACAUUCAGAUUAUGAAAUUCAUUGUGAUCUUAACGGCUGUGGCCAGAUUUUCACCCAUCGCAGUAAUUACUCUCAACAUGUAUAUUACCGACAUAAGGACUAUUAUGAUGAUCUAUUUAGAAGUCAGAAAGUAGCAAAUGAAAGGCUACUAAGAAGUGAAAAGGUAUGUGAAACUACUCACACUGAGGGGAAUGAACAUCAGAAUACCAGAAGAUCGUUUAGUACUAAGGCUAAAAAGUGUGGCUUAAUCAAAGACAAGAAAGCUCCAAUUAGUUUUAAAACAAGAGCUGAAGCCCUCCAUAUGUGCAUGGAGCAGUCUGAGCACACACAGUACCCCUGCAUGGUUCAAGGAUGCUUAUCUGUGGUGAAGUUGGAGAGCAGCAUAGUGAGGCAUUACAAACGUACCCAUCAGAUGAGUAGUGCCUAUUUAGCGCAACAGAUGGAAAACCUUGUUGUUUGUGUUAAGUAUGGUACCAAAAUUAAAGAGGAGCCCCCUUCUGAAGUGGAGCCCUGUAUAAAGCAAGAAGAAAAUGGAAGCUGUGAAUCAGAGCACACAAAGCACAGCCAUUCCAUAGGUAACAGCAGUGCACCUGUCCAGAACACUGAUUCCCCUCAUCCAGGUGGAAGGGAUGGAGGUCAGAAUGGGUGUACAGAAAGUAACCCAGUAUUUGAUGCAGAUACCCUGCUCUACAGAGGAACUUUGAAAUGUAACCAUGGUUCAGAAACCACUUCUUUGGAACAAUGUAAUAUAGUUCAGCCACCUCCUUGUAAAAUAGAAAAUUCCAUACCUAAUCCCAGUGGGACUGAAAGCGGGACUUAUUUCACAAGUUUCCAGCUGCCUUUACCAAGAAUCAAAGACUCAGAAACUGGGCAGCAUAGUUCAGGGCAAGAAAACACUGUAAAAAAUCCAGCCAAUGUCCCAAAAGAGAACUUUAGGAAGCAUUCACAGCCCAGGUCAUUUGAUUUGAAGACUUACAAACCUAUGGGAUUUGAAUCUUCGUUUCUGAAAUUUAUUCAGGAAAGUGAAGAGAAAGAUGAUGAUUUUGACGAUUGGGAAACUUCAGAGCACUUAAUGUUAAGUAACUCUUCACAGCCCAGUAAUGACUUGACAGGGAAUGUUGUGGCAAAUAAUAUGGUGAAUGACAAUGACCCUGAAGUUGACAUACCUCAUUCUUCCAGUGACUCUGCAAUUCAUGAGAACUUGACUGCAAUCCCGCCUUUAAUAGUAGCUGAGACAACAACAGUUCCUUCCUUGGAAAACCUGAGGGUCGUAUUGGACAAAGCAUUAACAGACUGUGGAGAACUUGCCUUAAAACAACUUCAUUAUCUUCGGCCAGUUGUUGUCCUUGAAAGAUCUAAGUUUUCCACACCAAUUUUAGAUUUGUUUCCAACAAAAAAGACAGAUGAACUUUGUGUAGGAAGUUCCUAAAUAACAAUUUUGUUUUAGAAACAGACUGGCUCCAACACUGCAACAUUGGGACAGUUGCCAACUCGAACAAAGGCUGAGAACCAGCCACACCGUUGUUUAGGGUAGAAUAGGCUGUGUAUUUACAUGAAUGUAUAAUAUCUAUGUCAGCAGUAUUGGCUGAGUCCAUUAGCUCUCCAGUUGGUUUAUUGAUUGGUUUUUUUGUUUAUUAAAAAAAGAAAUGGAACUGUACUCUUGUUUGGUGCUAAUUAAUACAUCAAAAUAUACUGGGGCUUCCUUUUUCAAAUUAAGUGUGCAUGAUUGUAUAUGGAACAAAUACUAAGAUCCCAGGGUGGGAGGGCUAGGGAAAGGGAUAUGGAGUUCUUACUUGACUUGAAUGUGCACCUGAGGGUGCUUUGUGUAAUAUAUUGUACACUACAGCAUCUUAUAUUUUUUGAGUUGAGUUUCAAUAAAUUACAAUUUUUCACCCAUUUCUUGUUUACCCGUAAUGAGUUUUCAUGCUACACAUAAGCUUGAAUUGCACUUGUAUUUUCUGGAAUGUGCACUCAUAUUUUACCCCAGUUAUUUCUCUCUUUUUUUUUUUAAUUAACCAAACCAUUCAGAUCAAGGUUCUUUUUGAAUGACAAUUGUCUUUAAAUUUUUUUUUGUGGAAAGAACAUUCUGAGAUUGAGUAAUUAACUCUGGGAAAUCAACAUAGCUCUCUGAGGAGGAUGCCUUGAAGUUGGCCAGGUGGAAAGGAAUGGGUAUGCCAAGCAAAAUGUGAAGGACGUAGCAGAUCUGGAGGUAUGAAGGCAUGUUUCCAGGGAACUAUGAAUAAUUCGAUAGGGGAACAUUAGGAGAUAAGAUUAUUGUAGAGCUAGAUAGGCAAGAACCAACCCAUGAACACUAAGGAGUUUGAACUUGAGUCUGUAGGCAGCUGAGAGCCUUUGAAGGGUAUUAAGCAAAAUAACACAUUUAAAUUAAUAAUUGACAGAUUACUUGAAAUGUGGGGUGUGAUUUGAGGGGCUGAGAAUGGAAACAGAGAGGAAAGAGUAAGCCUGUUGAAGUAGUAAUUGAAGCAGACUUGUUGAGGGUCUACUGACAAUUGCAGCAGGAAAAGAGUAGAUAAAAUUGAGAGAUUUUAUGAGAGGAUUGCUGAAGCUUAGAGGGUGAAGUAAAGAAAAGAUUUGAGAACUUGAAGAUUUAGUGGUGAUGCAGCUACUAAGGUAGGAAUGCAAAAGGAGAAGUAGGUAUUUGGGAGGAGGAUGGAAAAGCAAGAUGAGUUUGGUCUUUGGAUGUGUUGGGUUUCAGUGAACUAUGGGACAUCCAUGACUAAUGACAAGGAUAGCAAUAUGGUCUUAAAAAUACAGCAGUGUCGCCCUCAGUUCCUUGUGAAGUUUCCAGCCACUCUUAAUCGCUAGCAAUGAAACAAAGCAUAUUCCUAACAGCCUUUUCUCAUCCCUGUGGUUAGGUUUUCAAGACCUUUAAUCUGAUCCUUAAACAGUGCUUCCUCGUUUUAUCCUCUUUUUAGGAAUUUCAUUCUGCUACCUCCUUACCCUAAGUCUAAAACACCUCCCACGCCCAAGUAGGUUAUUGGUUCAGAUACCAAUACGUAACGCAGGAUUCUCAAAUGAGAAUCUGUUGAAAGAAAAAGUGGUAGAAUAUCUUGGAGGCUGAGGCCACUAGUGAUUGGGACCUUGAGCUAAUUUCUUUCUGUGGGCUUCAGUUUUCUCACUUAUGAAGUGAGGAGGUAUUGUUAGUCAUCUUGAAAGGUUCCAUUCUGUGAUCUGAGCAUGAGAACCACCUGUUGACCUAACUUUUCAAAGUCCUUAUACUGGAGAUAGAGGAAAAAAAAAAAUCAAAUUUCAUCCCAAAGCAAGAGAAAACUACUAAUUUGCUUAGGACUGAACUAUAUUCAUUUAUCAUCUCAUUUCCUAUCCCCUGGAAGAAUCAAGCAAGUCUGUUUGCGGUAGAGUGGAACCUAGCUGUAAUAUUCAGAACCCAGUUGAUAAUUUGCUUCAAGUACAAGCCUAAGUGGUUGAUCCUAAGAUCACUUUCUUUUUCAUUUGGAGCAGCUAGAUUCAUUUCAUCUUUAUGGAAUACAGUGUUUUAUGUAAAAAACAGCAAAGUGCUAUUUUGAAGCUUUCUGUGAAUAUUUUUAUUUGAUGCAUGUUUUGAGUUUUCCCCAACCCUGGCACAGACCUGAGAGCUUUGGCUUUGUUUUCAAAGCCUUUCUCAUUUUAAGAGUGCCCCCUAUAAUGUUGGUUGGAAUUGAGAUUGUCACUUUCAUCCUUGCCUUUUCCCAGAAUUCCUUUGCUUUGGUGUCUUCCCCAUUUUCAAGAGCACGUGUGAAGGAGAGAGGAUGGGGAAUGGUGGAGAGGGAAGUUUUUGAUUAGUUGUCGUAGGGGGCAUCCCAUCCUCGUCUUAUCCCUUCUCAGUCCCAGGUUACCUACUUCUGACCUGACAAGGACAUGUACUAUUCUAGCUUUCAUACUGGAGGGCUAGUCAGUCAUUCAUCAAAUAUUUAAAUACAUAUUUAAAGGUAGUUUGUGAUAUUUUGAGAGAUUCAAAUUUUGUCAAGGUGCACCUAUCAUCGUGGAGCUUAGUGAAAGGAGGGCUGGAGUAGCCUAGAACAUGUUACUCAAAGUAUGGUGGUAGACCAGCAGAGUGGAUAUCACCUAGGUGCUACUUAGAAAUGCAGAAUUUCAGACCCCCUCCCCAGACCUACUUGACCAAAAUCUGCAUUUUAGUAACAUCUUCAGGUGAUUCAUAGACACGGAGAAGUUCUAGAAGCACUGGCCUAGAAUCCAGGUAGGAAGUAGCCAAGUGAUAUGAGAACUCAGGGUAAUUGCUAACAGUUUUGAGCACUUUACAUAAAAUUAACUCAUUGGAUUUUCAUAACCCCAUGAAGUAGGUACUAUUAUUAUCCUUACUUGACAGAUGAGAAACUUGAGACAUGAAAUGUCUUGCCAAACUAACAGCUAGAAAGAGAUUUCACCCAGUUUCCAAUCUUUUCUGACCAGAAGAAUGUCAGGAAGGGACACUCAGUUGAAAGAAUAACAGGUGGAAAGUUCACAGGUGGUAUUUGGAGCACCAAAAACACCACAGUUCUGUAAUUAAACUGAAUGUAUUGUUUGUGAAAGUGAAUAGUGGGAAAUAAAAAGUUGGAAGUAUAUGUAGGGGUCAGGCCAUGCAGGUCCAAGUUCACGGUUUUAUAUCCAGUGUUGACGUUGCUUUAUUUGAGGAAAGAGAUGGUACUAGUACAUGUUUCUGUGAAUAACAUGUAACCUAAGAAGUCAGGUUUUCCUUUCUAAAAGGAACUUAAAACUCAGAUAUUGCUCAAUUUCCUCUCCUCCCCCGCUCCCUGCUACCACCCAAAGGUAGACACGUGAUACCUCCUGGCUUUAUAUUCAGAGGCAAAAUCUCCUAUUGAGUUGAAUCUAAAAAGAGCAGCUCAAUCUGCUCUGGCCUGCUUGGUCUGUACCUGCACCAGUGGAUUCUGACAGACACUGCAUUUGGAGAUCUGGACCACUUUGAAGAAGGUAACCAGGAUAAAAAAAAAAAAACAACAAAAAACCAGGAUAGACAGAUUUAAAAACCUGUCAGCAUGUGUUUGGUAGGUUUAGCCUGGAAAAGAGAAGACAGAAGGCACAGGAGAGCUAUCUGAAUAGUAAGAAGCCAAAUAUUUACAAAGCACAUACCGUCUCCUCGACCCUGGGAAUAAGAGUGUCAAACAAGACACAACAAGAUACCUGUAUCAUGGAAAUUACAGUCUAGAGGGAAAACAGACAUUAAACAAAUCUUAAGUAAAAGUGAUGCAAAAGAAGCUCUAUGUGAUAGGGAUCAAAAAAGGAAGAGCUUUUCUUGAAACCUGAAGAAUCAAUACAAGUUAGCCAGGCAAUGAGGGUCAUCAGCUAUGCAAAGGCUUUGUGGUGCAACAGCUUGGUAUAUUAGAGAAAUUUACAAGUUCAGUAUAACUGAAGUUGAAAGAAUAAACAGGGAAGGGAAAGAGAGCAGGUUGGAUAGAUAAAACAGGAUUCAAGUAUUUUAGUGCCUGAUAGCCGUGUUCUAGAUUUUGGGUUUUGUUUGAAAGGCAAUGAAGAACCUACGAAAGAUUUUAAAGUAGGUGUUGCAUAAGUCAGUCCAUCCUAAACAGCAUGAUGGGGAAGAUUAGUGAGUCACUACUGAAGGAUGGAGGGAGGGCUGGCUGGCUGGCUCUGUCUAAACCGGUGAGGAGCUGCCUGUCAUAGACAGUGAUAGAUUCAUCAUUGGAGGUGUUAAGGUGUCCAAGAGGGGAAUCAAAGGAGAUGUUUGCACUAGAUUCUCUUUGAGGCGUCUUAUACUCUUGAUAUCUACCAUACUUGGCAUCUGGUCAUAAAUGUCACCAACCCUGGUGGCGUAGUGGUUAAGUGCUACGGCUGUUAACCAAAAGGUCAGCAGUUCAAAUCUACCAGGUGUUCCUUGGAAACUCCAUGGGACAAGUUCUACUCUGUCCUAUAGGGUCGCUAUGAGUCGGAAUCUACUCAAUGGCAACAGGUUUUUUUUCUCAAUAAUAGUUGCUCUUGCCUGUAUCUGUGGUAUUAUUCUAAGUCUCCUACACAAAUUAUCAAAUCCUCAUUACAACUCUACAAGGUAGGAAUAAUUCCCAUUUUGCAAAUGAAGAUACAAAGCAUCUAGUUAAAUAACUUGCUCAAGCUAACAAGGUUAGUGAAUAGUACAGCCAAAAUUUGAACCCAGAUCCAUCAUACUUCCAAGUACUGUCUUCAAUAACUAUAAUGCUUCUCUACAGGCAAGUACACAAAUAUGUUAAUAGGCACUUGGUGAGUGAACAAAAUAUUUGAGCACCUACUGUGUGCCAAGUACUAGAGAUACAGUAGUCAAUAAAGUGGACAUGGUCCACUGUCUUCCUUGAGUUUACAAUAUUCAGGGGAGACAGAUGUUAAGACAAAAAUUGCACAAAUAACUAUAAUCAUGUUAAGUGCUUUGAAGGUAAAAUAUAAAGUGCCAUGUAACAGGGGGAUCUAAUCUAGUAUAGGAAGUACCAGGAAAUGAUUCCACUAUAACAACCCUAUCUUUCUCCAAAAAGUUUCUGGUUAACCAUUCUUUAAUGGUUUCUGACUGAGUCUUAUCUGAGUAACUUUUAAUCCUUGCUAGAAAGGAUUCUGGCUACAAUCAAUCACUAGUGAACUAUGGGUUCAACGUCAAUAGCAUUUACUCCUAAAUCAGUACGCCAUUUCACUGACAUAAGUACGAUAUUUCUAACAGCAUCUAGACUCCAUUUUCUGGAUGUGCCUUGACACCUCAAGCAACUUGCCACACCUACCUUUCCUGCGAGAACAAAACAGCUAUUCCUUCUUCCUUAUUCCUGCUAUUUCUCCCAGUCAGUUAAAAUGAACAACUUGGAACCUGUAGUGUCUGACUUCUGUGUCUCCAUCUUCUAGAGGAUCAGAUAAUUUUUUUAAAUAAUAUUUUAUUGUGUUUUUGGUGAAAGUUGACACAGCAAAUUACAUUCCCAUUUGACAAUUUCUACACGAAUUGUAUUUCAUUGCUUAAAAUAAGGGAAGGUGUACGUCAGGGUUGUACGUAUCCUUUUCACUGUACGUAGUCUGUAUGCUGAGCAAAUAAUCCAAGAAGCUGGAUUAUAUGAAGAAGAAUGUGGAAUCAGGAUUGGUGGAAAACUGAUUAACAACCUGUGAUAUGCAGAUGACACAACGUCGCUUGCUGAAAACAGCUGGUUUGAACGCUUAGACUGAUGAAGAGCAAGGACUACAGCCUUCGUAUGGAUUGCACCUCAAUGUAAAGAAAACAAAAAUCUUCACAACUGGACCAAUAAGCAACAUCAUGAUAAACGGAGAAAAGAUUGAAGUUGUCAAGCAUUUCAUUUUAAUUGGAUCCACAAUAUACACCCAUGGAAGCAGCAGUCAGGCAGUCAAAUGACAUAUUGCAUUGAGCAAAUCUGCUGCAAAAGACCUCUUUCAAGUGUUAGAAAGAUUUCACUUUGAGGACUAAGGUGCGCCUGACCCAAGCCAUGAUAUUUUCAAUCGCUUCAUAUGUAUGCAAAAGCUGAACUAUGAAUAAGGAAGACCAAAGAAGAAUUGAUGCCUUUGAAUUACAGUGUUGGCAAAGAAUAUUGAAUAUACCAUGGGAUGCCAGAAGAACGAGUAAGUCUCUCUUGAAAGAAGCACAGCCAGAAUGCUCCUUAGAAGCGAGGAUGGCGAGACUUCAUCUUACAUACCUUGGACAAGUUAUCAGGAGGGACCAAUCUCUGGAGAAGGACAUCAUGCUUGGUAAGGUAGAGGGUCAGCAAAAAACAGGAAGACCCUUAAUGAGAUGGAUUUACACAGUGGCUGCAACGGUAGGCUCAAACAUAGCAAUGACUGUGAGGAUGGCACAGGACUGGGCAGUGUUUCGUCCUGUUGUACAUAGGAUCACUAUGAGUUGGAACCAACUCGAUGGCACCCAACAACAACAACACAAAUUAUUCAGCAGCAUUACCUUUUUCACGAAGUGUCAACACUCUAUUUAAUUGCAUUCUGGUGGUUCCAUUUCCGGUGCUCUAGUUUCCCUUCUUUAUCUUUCCUUUUGGUCUCAUAGAUUGCUUUUUAUAGAGCACUGUAUUCAUGGAUAAUAUCCUUUAUUUUGUGUGGCAAUCUGUUAUUUCACUAAAAGGUGGCCUCAGGGACAUAAAACAAUUUUUUUUUAAGUAUUUGUCAUAGCCAACCCUUUCUCUCCUUCCUUACUGUAACCCUCUUCCUCUUGGUGCAAACCCUCUUUUGUAUUCUUGCAGCAUUUGUAAUCUGAUCUCACAAUUUAGAUUAUACACUUUGUAUGUGAACUAUCUUUUUUCACAUAAGCUUUUUGGAAACAUUUUCUAUCCUCAUGAUAGGUACUGUUGUUGUUACGUGCAGUCCAGUCGAUUCCGACUCAUAGCGAGUGACCCUAUUGGGGCACGGUAGUAUUGCCCCAAAGCGUUUCCAAGGAGUGGCUGGUGGAUUUGAACUGCUGAUCUUUUGGUUAGCAGUCCAGCUCUUAUCCAUUGUGCCACCAGGUACUAGUCAGUAAAUAAUCAAAUAGUACCAAUCAGUACCAAUCAAUUACAAGUACUAGUAAAUGAUAGGUAACCAAAAAAAAAAAAAAA